AAUGGCCCAGAUACCCACGGAUGAGAACAGCCUUGUAGCAACAAUAGAAGUGGCAGUCCCUCUGUCUCGUAAGCGUUCGACGGAUUCUGCCGGCUUACCUGAAACUGCCGAUGGUGGCCGGGUGCGUAGCAAGCGCCUCAGAGCUCGGGAGACUACCGACGUGGUUGCCAGUGCAGAUCCAGCGGCACAUGACAACGCUAAACAGCAGGAGGACCACAAUUGGGCCAGGACGCAUGCCGACGAAUGUUUGUUCGAGGUAUUGAACGACAUGUGUAUGAGACUAGGCGUUGAACCUCUGACAGCACCUAAAGAAGUUCGUGCUCUGAUCGCCGAGUCUAAUGCUCCUCCUAGCUCUGAUGUCAACCAGGCUGUGUUUGAUUUAUUCACCGCGCUGCGAAGUCCGGUGCCCAGCAUUGCUCAACUUUUGCUGAGUAUAGACUCAGUUGAUUUAGGAGGGGCAUCCAGAGAAGCGGGGUUGAACGCCUUCUUGGGCCACUCGAAGUCUACAAACGGGCAAGCAUGUGUGAAGCCUACGCUACAGAAUGAGCAACUCAACUCGUUCAUCCACAAAAUCAACGAGUCGUGGCUUCCCACUAAAGAGGUUGCAUUGUCUUGGCUCGAGAUGCUUUUGUGUCCCAGUCGUCUUGCGACUUCAGGUGACUCUACAAAGACUAGUGAAUCGAGUUAUAUGCAGUACAGGUGGACCGACGACCUGAAACGACACCUGGUGCAGAUCAUUGUCAACCUCGAUGAUUAUAUACAUGAGGUCAUGAGCGACCGUAUCUCGAGGCUAAACAAUAGAGUCCUGUACAACUUCGAACGAUCAAAGACGUAUUCAUUCACACAAUCUGAUCAUGCACAACUUGAAAUGGUGGAGACUCUUUUCGAGUUACACCUCGACAUCUACUCUCUCAUUAAGCAUCCAAAUAGCGGUGUGGAUGAUGGAAGGAAAACGCUCCAAAGCGAUAGUUUAGAACGUUGGUCCGCCUUAAGCCGAGAAGCAUUGCAGAUACGAUCGGACUGUGAACCAACUAUCGGCAUGGAUAAGUUGGCGUUGCGACAUGUCUGGGCUUCCGUUUUCCAGCUAAGUGUCAGCGACGACGUUCUCCCAGACCACAUCUUAUACGUCAUGCAAGAGCUGAAAUCUACAUUUGAUAUCGCUGGAGGGCAAGCCAUUCAAGUGCAAAACAAUGCUGUCAUGCCGGAGCUGUCUGUUGCUGCUAUAGACCGCGAACUUGCUCGCAUCAGCAUGAAAGAUUUCUUCCUGAAAGUCUUCGAUACGGACGAGAAAGACCCAGUUGCUGUGAUCGAAAGCCUUGAGCCGAUAUUGGAACCCGUCUCCACAGCCAAUUCCAUCAAAGAAUCUGAGAUUAUAGCAAUGGACGAGAACCGGUCCGAUUCUGGAAGCGCCUCAACUGUUGGCCCCGUCGACUCUAGCCAAAAUUUGCAGCUAGACCAGUCAUCCCCGUCAGACGAGAUGAGAAAAUUUCUGGACUCCGCUUCUGUUAGUCUGCGACUCUCGUUAUGGCAACGAUUACGAGAAGCGUACGAGGCUAUAGAAUACUCGCCUAAAGUUUUAUCAUGCUAUCUACGGAGCAUAGAGACAUUGGUGGGCGAGUUCAAAACACUCUCUUAUCAGGAAUGUGCGCCUUUAGAUCGGCAUACCAAACUGAUCAGUCGACUGCGCAUCGUUGAUGAGAUUGUCUUAAAAAUCCUCCAGAUUGUUAAAAAUGAGCAGGACGCCUUCGCGUGCUUGACCUAUGAGCACAUGCAGUCUUCAAUGUCCGCUAUAUUCUAUUUACUGCGAAUAGUAUCUGCAGUGAACUUCGUUCAAGACAUUCUUAGGCUUGGGCAGCUCAACCCACCGAGGAUCGAAGGCCUAUCGCCAGCGACAUUUCCUAAUAUGAUCAACAGGCUCAAUGAUAUGCAGAUGAGGUUCUGGAUGCUCCAAUACCAUCUUUUAAAAGAAGGCAUGUAUCAAAACCCCAACGACUUCCCAACUCCCUCGGAUGAUGCCUUUGAAUUCUUGCGACACGUCCAUCACGCCACCGGCGUGCGUGGCUUCUGCCAUGCUGCCGGCCGGAUAUUCCUCAGGCUUGCCAAGGACGAGAUCCUUCGUUUGGACAAUGUUACUGAGCCCACCAAUCGUGAUAUGGAGUUUUCCCAGGUUUUGUACGACUUGUAUGGAUUGAAAGCUUUCAUAGAUCCCCACGAAUGUCAAGAGUAUGGAUCCGUGACGGAGAUUUUAGACAAAAAGACAUCCACCACACUUCUGCCAUUCAUCCUGUCUCAAGCCGACAAGGUCAACAUCAAGGACUUGCCGAAACACGAUCUCAAGGUUACCAUUGAUAAGGUUCAUGGAGCCCUCGGUCGACCAAAGACUUACGAUGACAUAUCCGCCAAUCGGAAGGCCUUGACAGCAUAUUUCAGGUCACCUAUCAACCCAGUUAAUCUAUUCCGUUGUCUCAAAGGCGUGGGUUCCCUUUCCAUGAAGCAUAUACCGGGCGACAAUGCUUUGCCGGCUUCACGCGGCUGGUAUUUCCUCAUGGGUAAUAUCGCGCUUAACAAAUUCACCUCCCAGAAAAGACAAGGCCAAGGUCCGACGGAAGAUCUCAACUUUGCUCAAGUAUUUUUCAUACAAGAUCUCGAGUUUUCAGUUGAGCGAUGGGAAACAUGGUAUCGUCUUGCCCAGACCAACGAUUUUCAGCUCGAGGAGGCUGUGUCUUGGACUGCCGACAAGAUGAACAACAACAGCGUGGAGUUAUUGAAUUUCCAACGAACAGCAAUUCACUGUUACGCCAUGGCAGUUGCGUGUGCUGUUCGCGAGGCAGAACCUUCAUCGCAGACCAGAGCCAAGAUGACACGGAUGUACACUGACUUUGGUACCCGGGUCUACGCUUCCUCUAGAGCACCUUUCAGCAUGAAUGCCUACUCCAUCAAAGACACCGAGCAUAAAUUCUACAGUGGCAUAGUUACGAACAAAGUUUACCAAGACGUGCCAUUCAAGCCAUUGUCUACGUAUACGGCUUGGAAAUUCGCUAGUGUUUUGUUCAAGCGAGCAAUCAAAGGUGAUCCGGACAAAUGGUGGAACCACUAUAUGCUCGCAAAGUGCCUCUGGAAGAUGUACUGUGCGAAUGCAGAUGCCGCUGCGGAUGCCUUAGAUCAAGGUGCACCACUGCCUGACAACGCAGGGCCGAACUGGGAAAGUGUGAUCCACGCCGUUGUCAAUGCAAUCGAAACGUUGCCCGGGAAGAAGGAGCGUGGUCGCGAACCGAUCCUAGAGCCACACUACAAGCUUGUCUCCAUAACUCAUAAGCUAUUUCAGCGUGGGGCCAUUGAUUAUGCAAAGGGCACAGAGAUCAUGAAGCAGACGCCGUUUGCUCAAAACCUAACCUCCGAUGGUGCCGACGACUGGGAGCGAUACGUGCUCUCUCUGCUCAAAGCUCUCCGUAACAUCGACAAGUCGAGUUGGCAUCAUCGCCUCAUCGCCCGGGCUGCUCAUGUCAUCUAUGAGGAAUCGAAGGAGAUGAUGGUGGCGCAUGCGGCCAAACAUGAGCUGACCCAAAUGUUCACCAAGUCCAUGGCACCUCAAGUGUGGAAACCCGAAAACGAACGGCCUGGUAGACACUUUGUGUACACGACUCGCUAUACAAAGUUUUUCAUUCACCUGCUGGACAAGACUGGAGACAAGACCAAUCUGGAACUACUAGCCAAGCGUGUGCGCAAGAAACAAACCGAUUUUUUCGAGCAUUCUAAGCUGUGGCAAGAGCUCUGCCUGUUAUACAUCAAGCUUUUGCGGCGAACGGGACAGGUGCCAGAUGGUCACGAAGACCUUGUUUUCAAACCCUUGAGCAUGGAUGAAUAUAACAUGACGGCCGCGCGGUUGGAGGCUUGGUGCCAGCUCCCCACAACUCAAAACGACACGCUCGAUAUCCUCCGUGACGUCGUGGAGCUCAAACGUCUCAACAAUGGUCUCAUGAAAGCUGCGCUCAUUGAUGACCUACUAGGGGAUACGUUUGCCAUGUUAUACAACACGAUCGGGCCAACUUUGAGACCGCUGGCGUCUGAGCAAGAAGAAGCGAAAGGUUCAGAGCAUGGCUCGUCUGCUGCCCCAAUCCAUGUGGACGGAAACAAUGAGAACAUGGCCGAUAUGUAUCAAGUGACGCAUGGGCAAGGACAGAAUCAAGUUGCACCCCCGCAGACGGACGCUGUAGCCAAAUCUAGAGCGAAGACGGUGGGCCGUAGGGAGAUCCAGAGAAGGGCCGAAGCUUGUGCGCAAAAGACAGCCUCGUCGAUUACGAUGCCGAUACGUUCCCCGCCCGCGACGCAUGCUGUGCCCUCGAGCCAUGGUAAUCAACAAGUUCCCGAUAAGACGUCGAACGAAUCGAGUGCGAACACGAGCACCAACGAACAAGGACCCGGGGCGGCUAGUGGUACGGCGACUGCAGCUGCAAGUGUGACGAUGAACAGCACACCGAGCUCGAUCGCCGAAGAUGCUGAUGAUGAAAGCGAGCUGAGUGAACUUGGCGAAGACGAAGUGGAAGAGCUGGCGAAUAUUGCACGUACCCCGUCUGUGAUUGCUAGACCUACGCUUUUCCCCAACUUGAUGUCCCACAGAAAGGACGCUUCGACCAAAGCGGAAGAAUCAACAGACGAGAACAAGACGGCAGCGAAAGAGACGACAGAAGGUGCGAGCAUGGAUAACGGUGAUGAGAUGGAUACUAGUUGA